AUGGAGGCCAUCAAGAAGAAGAUGCUGAUGCUGAAGAUGGAUAAGGAGACUGCUCUGGAAGCGGCUGACCAGUCCGAGAUUGACAAAAAUGCAGCUGAGGAUAAGAGCAAGCAGGUGGGGACACCUAGCCUAGCUUAGGCUAGUAUUCUCAGUAGAAUUCUAGUUAGGAAGUAAUUAGGUGAUGCUAAUUCACACACAGUUGAUUAACUUUGCACGCCGAAUACCAUGCUAACACAUGUAGGCCAACAAUUGCUAAGAUGCUAACCAUACCUUGGUUAGGGGAGGUCAACUGAAGGUUAAUCUUGAGGCCUUACAAUAGAGCUCAAAUUCAAAAUGGGUCUGUUAACGCUGAAUUUAAUAUGAAUAUUUAAAAGCAAAUUUUUACUUAGAAAAGGCAAGCAACCUAUGUAUACACUAAGUGUUAUUAACAAUAAAUAACACAAAUUAUAAUAACUAUUCUUCAAGCUAAUAUAUAUUAUGGCAUAUACCAUAUUUAUUAACUAUGUGUAUGUAUAUUUUUUUUAACUCAAUGAUAACAAUAUUUAGGAAGUUCAAGGCGGAGUUGUUUGAAGAAUGCAAACAAAUUAUCUUGGUAUUUCUACCGAAACGUAGAAAAAAAUAUCCAAAUGACAAAUCCAAGUUUGACAGCCAGGAGCCUUUAUAAAGUCCUAAACUUAAUUGACAGACAGUCACAGGAAAAGACAAAGAGAGACAUUAUAUCCAUUAUAUAGCUCCAUAAAACUAUAAUAAGACUGUGCGUGUGGGCAUUCUUCUUGACAGUGACAGCUGUCCUCCUGUCCCCAAGUUGGAAUCCAACAGUAGGGUUGGGAACAACGACAAGGACAGACAAUAGUUUUACACAGCAGGCCAGGGACGAAGGCUGAGAGCCUUGGGAUAUUAAUACCCACAAGGCUUUGACACUGUAACCCCUCAACACAUUCAUUCGGCUACUCAUACUUGUGGAUGUUUGGGAUCAAUUCCUCAUCAAAGGCGACCAAUCAUUAUUUAUAACAUUCCAAAAUAGUCUUGUUCACUAAGCAAUGAACCGUACCCUGAAAUAUGUGAUACCUAACAUGAUUGUGUGCUCUAAUCUCCCAAUGACUUCAAUGAACAGUUUUGUCCUAUGGAAAUAUGUUUUUGGAAACCUUGUGAUGUUGACCUCUCCUUCUCACGUCUUGCUGCUGUAUGUGUGGUUCUUUCCACUCUGUAGCCUGGUCUUCACAUGUCCUGGCUUGUCUUACUCUGAGUUUCUUCCCUUCAACCAUCCUCUCAUACUGUCUCUCCCUCGCUCUAUUGUCCUCUCCUCACUGUCUCUCCAUUUCCUCUCUUUCUGCCUGUUUGUCUCUCUCUUUCCCACUCCUCCCUGUCUGUUGUUCUUUCCCUCUGUCAGCAUGACGAUGCGUUGAUCCAGAUGCAGAAGAAGCUGAAGGGGACUGAGGAUGAGCUGGACAAAUACUCUGAGGCCUUGAAGGAUGCCCAGGAGAAGCUGGAGGUUGCAGACAAGAAAGCUGCAGAUGUAAGUUCCGUCGGCACACCAAACAGCACACCACACAAACUGCUCUCUCACACCCACACAUACAAACAAGGCCUCUUUUCCCAUCAUAUUAGUUUCCACACACACAGCUCAGCCCUCAGGCCCAUACCCUUUCUCUACCUUCUUUUGAUCCCUCUAUUCCUAUCUGUCCCAUGACAAUGAUUAAAUGGUUUUGUCAGGGAAGUACUUCCCUGAUAUAGCACAUCCACAUGCCGCACUAAUAGUUUGCCUUGUUAUGGCAAAGCCCUGAGAAGGCUCUCUCUCCCAUGCCAAAAUACCAUGGGGUUUAAAACAGGAGAGGUCAGAAUGGUAGGGGUGGAGGAAGGGGGGGGGGGGGGGGGGUUGCAAAGCCCAUGUCUACACAGACACUGUCAUAAACACAAUGCUGUCAAACCCCCCUGCUGGUCCAUACCAUGUGGUAGAUAGGCCCUGAAGAAGAAAAGCAGUAAGAGUCCUUAAGAGGAACCAGAAUCCUCAGUGAGGAUAAACAUAACAACAUCUAUGCCCUGGCUCGUGUGGCAUCUCAGAGGUGGCAGACACUCUAAUAGCAUGGUGUCAUGACUUGUGGUCUCAGUUGCCAAGACAGAAUAUCCCUUCAGUCUUUAGUUAGUCUCAAGGGUCAGAGCCACAACAAGACACGUCAGUGAGGCAGGAGACAUCCACAGUCAGGUGGAGAGAUCUACAUGUACUGUGGGGCCAUUACAAACCCUGGCUUGUGGCAUUCUGUAACCACACAACACAAAACAAAAUGGCCAUCCAGGGUCUGCCAUAAAAUAUAUACUGCUCACCCUCCUCCUGCAACCCACCACCCCCUGCAGUGCCAUUUCAGUGCAAAGCCUCUUGGCAUCCAAGAAGGGGUGAAAUUGAUUUAGACAGGGUGUCACUCUGCAUAGCCAGCUGGCUACUAGCCCCCCCGGCAGCCAAUGGGGGAUUAGUGCUAAUAGUGUCGCCAUGUCACUGCUGUUAUUCCCCCUGUCAUCAUUGUGUUCCCGUUGACUUGGGAGAGUGUAGUGGGGACGAUUAAUAUCGUUCCACCUUCAAACUACUCCCAGACUGGUGUAAUCGACUGUGGAGUCCUGGGGUGUCCACUGCUCCAUUACUGAGGAUUAGGGACGCUUGUCAAACGAUUGGCUUGCUCUUUGUUGAGAUAAUAUUUCCUGGAACAUUGUAUUGGGAGACGUGUGGGUGGCACAAAUUACUUUCUCUUCUAAUGGAGUUGCUAGUGUUUCCUGAUCCUUAAUUAAAUGACAAGAGACUUAAGAAACAGGCAAGACAUCAACUGCAGUCUUAUUUUUGACAUUGCACUGUUCGGUUAGAGUUACAAAGGCAGAGCAAAAUAACUCAUACAGUAUCCAAUUAUCAUUUGAUUAUUUAAUUAAUUUAAAUCAUAACUUACGUUUAAAAUAAAAUGUAACGCCACUCGUGAUUCAUUAUUAAUUGGACUUUGAAUUAAAGGAUCCUGGGCGAGAGGAGAUAUCGUCAUAUUCAUCAUCUCCUCAAGCCCAGGUAGCGGUUCAGCCAAAGUCUGGCUAGUAUGUGUUAACACAGGGACAUCUAGUGGUAAGACAAGCCAUUCUCACGUCCACAUACAACUUGACAAUAACGCUUGUCCAUGGACAGCCCCCAUGGACCAUGGUGCACAUUUCUGGAUACAUUGGGGAAAAGAGCAGUAAUACGCAACUUAAGCCAUCGCACAUCUAUUGAAUACCAGGGAAUUAAUCUUUACAUACACUAAAACCAUCACGUACAACAUUUUUAUUCCGCAAGAUGUGUCAACUGAGCAUGGGCUAAAAGCAAGGGUCUCAAGCCAACACAUUUCACAAUUAGCCAAAGCAUUACACGGCAGUAUGCAUCUUCUUUAUGCUAAAUCAAAACCACUCACUGCUCUCCAGUCCAGAUAAUGACCUGGCCAGUUGGCAUAUGCAGCUUGGACAGAUGGCCCUGUGAGCUGAAGGCAGCUAGCCAAGAGUUCCAUGACAAUGCACUGCAGACAGGACCUAGACCUAUAGUGACACAAGUAAUACAUGAAAAAUAAAGAUAUUGCUUCAGCUGAACCUUAUUACUACCCACUGGGCACACUGGUUGAAUCAACGUUGUUUCCAUGUCAUUUCAAUGAAAUUACGUUCUACCAACGUGGAAUAGACAGAUGUUGGAAUUGAUGUCUGUGCUUAGUGUGUGUGUUGCAGCCUGGUCUCAUAGACUAGACGUAACAUAGUAAUAGUAAAUCAAAGACACUCAAAUUAAUAUGAUAUGUUACAUUUGGUAUGGUUACAUAAGACAGAUGGUUACUUAAAGAAAAAACGAAAGUAAGGUGGUUGGUCGGGGUGGUUGCGAGUUCAAAUCUCAUCACAAACAAAUUUAUAAUUUGAGGUAAUUAGCAACUUUUUAACUAUUUACUACUUUUGAGCUACUUUUCUACUACUUAGCAUGUUAGCUAACCCUUCCCCUAACCCUACCCCUUUUUAGCUAACCCUUCCCCUAACCUUAACCCUUUUAGCUAAUUCUUCCCCCAACCCUAACCUUAACCCUUUAACCUAACUCCUAAACAUAACCCUAACCCGUAGCCUAGUUAAUGUUACCCAGCUACCUAACGUUAGCCACCUAUCUAGAAUUUGUAACAUAUCAUAAGUUUAGCAAAUUCGUAACAUAUUGUACUUUUUGCAAAUUCGAAAAACAUAUUGAAUGUUUUGCAAAUUCGUAACAUAUUUUACAUUUUUCUAAUUUGUAACAUGUAAUACAAAUUGUAAUUCGUAAUAUAUCAUGCGAAAUGGGUGAUGGACAUCCAUAAAUUAAUACAUACCAUACGAAACGUAACGUUUCAUACUAAUCUAGUGUCUCGGAUUUACGUACAUAAUAAUACGAAAUGUUUUGAGACCAGGUUGAGCUACUAGCUAGCUCUAAAUAUGACAAUUGAUUUGUUUACUGUUUCAUUGUCUUUGCGGUGGGGAACUUUAUUGCGUUAUCAUUUGGAAAAAGUCAAAAUGAUUCAGGUGGCGGGAAUAUAUAAUGCGUUAGUUCCCCUUUGACAGGGCGGAGUAGACCGGAAGCGUGCUGUCUGUUGAAAUAAGGAAGAGAAGAGAACAAGGCAACUCAGCAGUGGAGGGAAAGAGAGAGAGACCGAACAACCGUCUUCUUUGCACAGCUUGCCUCCAAAUUCGCUGCAAUUUACUUAUUCGUCUUCAAUAGACAACUGGAACCAUCGCCCAUACAUUUUGCUUAAAAGGAAAAUUCUACUUGUAUUCGUGUUGUUGGAACUGCCAUUCGAACCUAUAGCAUGUACUUUAGCCGCUAGCUAGCUAACGACGCUGUCUCACUGUCUGUCCAUUGACACAUCGAGGUGAAAACUUUGGUUUACAGUUUUUAAGCUAGUCUAAUUGAUUCAUUCGGCAUAGUUAUCAAUCUAACUACUUGGAGUUUAAUGUUUUUAUGCACAUUACAUUUGUCUGCCGUUAAGAAUUAAUUUAGACUAUUUAUAAGCUGACUUCCUACAGUGUUGAGUAACGUUAGAUUGAAAGAAACGAAGCUCUGUUCUGAUUUCCAGUUUGGACUCGUUGACGGGGCGUUGCUGUGUCUUCGGGAAAACAUCGCAUCGGGAACGACGUUUGCCAGCUUGCAACCAAUCAAACUAGAACGACUAACAUUAGCAUCCUGCACGAGCUAGUAUCAAAAACACGUUUUCAAACUUUGCAAGUUAGCUAAGUUAGCUUGCAAACUAAAUUAACUAAAGAAAAUGGCCAAUAGCAUCGAGGCAGUGAAGCGAAAAAUUAAAGUUUUGCAGCAACAGGCGGAUGAAGCCGAGGAAAGAGCCGAAAUCUUGCAAAGACAGGUUGAAGAGGAGAAGCGGUCAAGGGAACAGGUAAAGUUGAAAUAACCUUUUAGGCCUUGAAUUUAGGCCUUGAAUUAUCCAGAUGCUAGUUACAGGUCGUAGCUAGAUGCAUUGAUUUGUGAUGCUAUGGCAACUUUCUAGUACUGUUUGAACUGAACCCCCUACCAUUAGCACCUAUUUUUGUCGGUUUCUUCAGCUGGCUGGGUCUAAUAGCCUCAUAUUGGAGGUGAAAGAUGUGACAAAUUCCUGCUAAAUCAGAUAGCCAGCUAGCUGGAGUUGGGCGUCCUCAUAGAGAGAGAUAGAAGGCUCAUCAUGGCUAUAACUCGUUUUAGCAUGGACAUUGACAUUGUGUGUCAUUUUAAAGUAGUCAACUGGGUGGGGAUUCCAAUGGGUUGGGAGCAAUCAGCCAAUGAUCAGCGCAUUGUAUUCAAAUUGGAUGCAAUGGUUUGUAAAUGGCUUUAAGCUAUAACAGCCAUCUAGUGGCCUCAAUAAAUGAAUGAGACACAAGAUUUGGUUCAGGACUCCAGCACUACAGGUGGUGAUAAAACACCAAUAUUGGCUUUACACUAAAAAAAUAAUAAUAACACGAAAUAGAAAAGUGACUACUUUUUAAAUGGAUAUGGUUUCAAUAGAUGGGUUAGCUGACAACAUGACGAACGAUGUGUGCGCUUCCUUGGGGCAGAAGUCAGCAUGUUGUUAUUCUGGAUGGCCAAAUUGCUAACAAGAAUGACAAAACUGCCAUGUGGGGAGUCGUAAGUGGCUCGUUUCAGCACGUUUCAUCAUGUUCUUGAUACCAUGUCUUGUUUUGAGGUGUUUUUACUGCUUUCAUGUCAAUGCUAAUAUGGCUCAAAUUAGCUAGCUAACCAACAACUGUAACAAUGUAUUUGAGACAAAUUCUCAUUGUGUACAUUUGAUUUAUGUUUUCAAAAAACAUUGGAGACCAAAUAUAGCUUACAUGUUACAAUCUAAGCCAACCCAAUCUGUUUUGCCCCAUAGUUGUGCACUUUUGUUGCUAAGCAACCAACCCAUGCUGUCGCAAAGGCUAUAAUGGCACAGAUACAAAGAUGUGUCCUCUAUCCAUCUCUAUGGGCAUCCUGCAUUUCCAAUUAUCUUAAGAAUAAUUGUACCCGAAGGUCUUUGCGUCUUUCAUUGAUUGGAUAUGUUUUAUUUGUGCAAUGCUAAUUCCAAUAUGUUUUGCAUGAUUGAAAGUCGGUCAAAUGCUUUGAAUAGUUUGAGUUGUCCCUGCAUUUCCCUAUUCACUGGAAUUUCAAAUAUUUGCCCCUAGGCUUGGCCCUCAACAACUUGCCAAAUUCCUCAUCCUCUCUAAGCUAACUAGUAGCUAGUGAUGUAAGUGCCUGGGUUGCCACAAAGUGCAACACUUAUUGCACUCUUUAUUGCGGUUUUAUGGCGAACUACUUUGGCCCAGUCCCCAGUUGUAAUUCUCUUGUUAAAUUCUAGAUUAACCUGGUCACACACAGAUGAUACAAAGCAUAUGUUUCCGUAUGGUUUUCUCCUUUCAUCCCAUGAUAAAACUCCUACAAGACAUGCAUGUUGUCACUGAUAUGCGCUCAGUGUCUUUCUCAGGGAGGUACACAAGUGCUACUGUUAUUUGGAGCAAAACAAAUGCAACACAGUACCUGACUGGAUAUAUACGGCUAUUCCAGAGCUUUUGACUGAAAUAAAUGGCCUACACUGUGGACAGUCAUUUUUAAAUGAGAGCGUCUCUUGGACAACAGUUAUACUCUAGCACAGAGGCCCGCGCUGGAUGCGGGUGAGACCGAGUGUAAGGCUCCUGCGGAGUCAUUCUACUAUGGUGCACAGGAAGUGUGGUUGCCAACUGAUUGUGGUGGGGCCUUUUUGCCGCUGCCGUCAGAGGAAAUUACAAUGGAUGACAAAAAAAUGUUGGUUUUGAGUCGUGCUUAUAUAUAUAUAUACAUUUUAAAAAAGUGACCUAAGAGGAAGACAACCUGACAAUGAAUGUUUGGCCCUUUUCCCACAGAAUAAAUCAUCAGGCCUAGCCUGGAGGAGUUAUUUUGUAUCGUUACACCUGUCUGACUCGGCCUUCUGGAAGUCUUUCAGAAAUGCUACUACUCUUCUACAUAAGCUCCUCUGAAGACUCGGAUCAUGUUGCAUCUUGGUCAUAAGGUGUACAAACACUAAACACCACCAAGCUAACUAGAGAAACCUCAUUCUUAAGGCUAGAGCUGAAAUGUCUCUGUGCUACAGCAUUCUCCACCAUAGAGGAGUUUGAAGAUGCAUACACAUGCUCCUCACUUCCAAUAAUCUAGAAUAGUAAAUUAAUUCAUACAUCCACCACCAUAGCUGCAAAAUACCACCUCCAGAAUGUGCUUGGUCAAACAGGAAGUAGCUAACUAAUAGCACUCUUUUCAUUGGUGACAGUGAUGUUUCAAGGGUGUGAGGGAUCCGGAGGGGCCAGGGCUGUUGAGGGGGUGCUGAUUUGCAUAUCUCUAUGGCGCUGGCCUCGUGCAGGCUGUCAAACACUUGCAUGCCAGUGCCAUGGCAACCGGGUUUGUCUGUGCUCCGACAGUCGUUCUUUCAUACAGCCACAGCAGGUUGCCUUUGGUUAUUGUAUGUGUAUAGUAGGGGUAGUUAAUCAAGUGUUGCCGUAAACAUCUACAUCUGAAAGGUGCUGUGCUUUCAUUGCCCUCUUUUUUUAGUUUGGUGGUCUGUCUCAAUAUUCUAGUGUUAGAUUUACAUUGUUUUCAUCUGACAGAUGGUCUUACCCAAAGCCAUAGAUAAGAGUUUGUGGUUUCAACCUAAAAGCUUUUGAUACUCUUUGAUGACAUGAUUCCAUGGCUGUCAUGCUAGCGUCUCCUGGGCAUUAUUUGAAAAGUGGCAGCAGCAUCAUGGCGCCCAACUCUAUAGUUGGACAAACUCUUUACCCAUUUAUGAUUGGUCUCAUCCAGAUUUACUAGAUGGUACAUACAUACAAUUUAGCGACUGAACAUGGAGGUAUGACUAGUAAUAGACAGUCCAAAAGAAUGAAGUCCUAAUCCUCAAUGUACUUCGCAGUAUAUACUAAGCUGUGUCAGUGUUAGCCUCCUUCUGAUCUAUCCAUCUGGUUGUGGCUAUCUAAGGCUUAGUAAGCCUUCUAUCCAUCUCUCACUGCUCUUUCUCUGACACGCAUUAUUCCUCUGCUCCAAGGCAUGGAGAGUGAGAACAGAGCCAGGCUACUCUCUACAAGGCACUAAAACAUUUAUUCACUCCAAGUGCUUUAACCUUCCCCUCAUCCGUCUCUGUGCAUUCUCUCUUUCUCUCUCGCGCCCUUGCUUUUCCAUACCCGACCCACCCAGGGUAGGCAGCACAGUCAUCUAGGCUGGUGUGCCCAAUUAGUGCCAUUCAUGGCCAUAGAGACCACUGGCAUGUCUAACCCAUACACCAGCACAUCAAUCGGGGAGAGAUUCGCUGUGUGCAUUAAAUGUAUCCGAAUCUUAUGGUGAUCAAAUGUGACGGGUUGGUGUCCAUUACAAAGACUCUGCAACCACACACUCACACUUUCCCAGCUCUGUUCCAGUUCAUUGGAGAGUGCUGCGCUCUCACUCUCUCUCUCUCUCUCUCUCACCCACACAUACAUGCGGGCUGAGGGAGAGGUGUGUCCUUAAACAGGCCUGUGUGUGUCUGAGUAUAACUGCUGGUUGUUAUGUCCAUAGUAACUCACACUCCGCUGAGGCGCACUCUACCAGUGUGUUAUGUGAUUGUAGGCUACAUCACUCUGUAAUCCUUCUCUAUAUCAAAGGUUGAGUUGGUGUGAAAUAUCACAUAUCCUUAUUUAGUGAUUUUAAAGGUAUCGGUAUGUCAUGAUGUGCUGUCUGUGUUGGAAGAGGCCUCUCUAAAGAUGGGCUUGUAUCGGUGUGUGUCUCAAAGGGCAUUUGUGAGCUUAUGGCGUACAUUACUUCUCAAUAACCUCUCUUCUCUCUGUCCCUCUCUCUCCCCAUCCAGGCUGAGGCUGAGGUGGCCUCUCUGAACAGGCGUAUCCAGCUGGUUGAGGAGGAGUUGGACAGGGCCCAGGAGAGACUGGCCACCGCUCUGCAGAAACUGGAGGAGGCAGAGAAAGCUGCAGAUGAGAGCGAGAGGUGUGUGUGAUUUGAAGGGGUGGAGGUGGGGUGGUGUUCUCAAUCCUCACCGGGUUGCCUCACUUCCUCUGAUGCCACAUCCUGUUUCUCUAAGCGGGAGGCUUUUGACUUCCUGUCAGGGUUUUAAAGCAGAGAGGAUGUGGGACAAGGUCAUUGGUGGGUGUGAGCUGGAAGUAGCCUAUUUGAGGGAGUACCCUGUGGGUAAAUGAACAGGUUUUGUAUAUAGGCUAGGACACUUUCUCACUCUCACACACACUGCCCCCUGACCUCUUUGUAUCAGUGCCCCUCCUCCGAUCUGGCCUGCAUUAUAGGGUCCUGACACCAUAGGGAUCACAUAUCAGCAGAAGAGGAGAGCUGUAGAGGUAGUUUGCCACCAAACUAUACAGAUAUAUGCUCACCUGUGUUUCUCCUACAGUAUUUCCUGUGCAGAAAGCUAAGGCUGCAAUACACUGUAGUAUGGGAAUUGAGGUCAAAAGACUUUGGCUCUCUCAUGCCAAUCUGUCUUCCUCUCUCUACCUCCCUUUCUCUCAGGGGUAUGAAGGUGAUUGAGAACAGGGCCUCCAAGGAUGAGGAGAAGAUGGAGAUGCAGGAGAUCCAGCUGAAGGAGGCCAAGCACAUCGCUGAGGAGGCCGACCGCAAGUAUGAGGAGGUGAGCUCAUCAGACCCCCCCCCAACACACACGUCACACAUCUAGAACAAGGCUCUGAUGUGGCCUCUGAAGAAGUCUUGUAUCGCACAUCACCACUUAUUUAGUUCUCUCAUUCUCUUGCUUCCUCCUCCUCUUAUCUAUAUUUUAUUUUUCAUUUCAUUUGCUCUCUUCCUCCUCUCUCUCUACCCCUACAGGUGGCUCGUAAGCUGGUGAUCAUUGAGGGUGAUCUGGAGCGUACAGAGGAGAGGGCGGAGCUGGCCGAGGGGUGAGUCGCUUUUUCACAUACGUCACAGUGCACACACAAUCAAUCUCACUGUGCCUCUCCCCUGCAGUCAGACACUACAUCUGCUUAAGCUUGUAGCAGAACACAUAAACACUCAUCAGUUCACUCACUCUUACACUGCAGAAGUAAGUUUAAAGCCACAAUGGGUUUCAGCCACACCUUUUGCAUGGCGUUACUAAACUGGCCCCAACACGUCGGGCUGCCCGGGCUUUGCCUGACUGCAUGACGCGUUCGCUCACAUUACAGCUCUCCUCACAGCUCUCAUCACAGCAGUAGUAACUGCACACCCACUUUUAUGUCACUUUACUUUUACAUGUUUUGAAGAUUUGUUUUACUAAACAGUAAACUGGAGGUGUUUAUAAUGACAUGUUUAUCUGCUGCAUUUAGUAUGCAACAGAACGAUACUGUUACUUUUGUAAUUACCUGUAGUAUCGCUGUAAUAGGAAAUAAGUAUUCAAAUGUCUGCUAGCACUAAACUAGCAAGUUAUCAUUAGCAUAAAAGUGGGAAUGCCAUAACAGUACCAUGAUAAUAUCCAAUCUGUCCUCCCCCUCUCCCCAUACGUAUGUGCCUGUUGUGUGUGCAUGUGUCCUGGGUUUACCAUACCGACAUGUCCCUUUGUCGGUUACCAUUUUCUCUUUCCCUCCAUCUUAUGUCUUUCUCUGUCCAUUCUCUCUCUGUCCUUCUCUUUCUUUUGCUCUCUUUCUGCAUGUGCUUCCGUGUCAUGUGACCCCCACCCCCCCCCCCCUCCUACUCACUAACAGCAACGCCCGGAGGUUGGAGGAGCAGCUGAGGGGUUUCGACCAAUCACUGAAGAGCCUGCAGGCCUCUGAGGACAAGGUACCACCCCCCUUUCUCCCUGUUCUUACCAACUACAGGACACAGAAAUGGUGCCUUAUGGGGACCCUCAAAAGGUCUGACUAGGGUCUUCAUAACAGAUGUCCAUAAACACGACCCUCUGAACCAGGUUUGUGAGGACCAGGAAUGCACACAGGGAUUUUCAGUCCUCCUGCCCUCAUUAACAUAAAUUCCCGCAUUCAUCUGGCUGCAUGACUGACCGCUCUAUAGCUGCUGCUUCCGCGAUCCUUUCCCCUUCUCAUGUGUGCCCCUUUUCCCUUUUCCUUCUCUCUCAAACGCUCUGCAUACCAUCCGCAUGAAUUUACCCGGCUUUAUCGAGACCUACAGGCGCUCCAUAUUCCAAGUUUACUAAGAGUAUUUCACCACAAACAUUUUCCCUUGGUUUAUCAGUAUGAUAAGUCUAUGCUUUGUAUUGUUGGGAUAUUAUUUAGUUUGUAGCAGAAUGGUCUCGGUCCCAUUCCUCCGAGGUUAAAGUUCAUGCCUUUCUCUCCUUGUGUUUCUCUUUGUAAAUCUCUCCGUCUGUUUUCUCUAUCCCCCCACCCUCUAAUUCCCCUGUUCAUUGUCACAUGUAUUUUCCUUUCCCCCCACCUUAUUGACCUUUGUUCUCAUUUCCCUCACCUCCCUCCCUCUUCUAUCCACCCUUUUCCUCAUCCCCUAUUCCCACACCCUACUAAAAAACCCAACCCCAAAUGAACCGCAAAAAAAACUAAAAAAUACUGCAGCAAAUGUGCCGAGUUGGAGGAGGAGCUGAAAAAUGUCAGCAAUAACUUAAAGUCCCUGGAAGCCCAAGCUGAGAAGGUAGGAAGGAGGGAGGGGAAACCCUGCAUGCUUUUGGAACUGAACGUAACUGCACCCAGGCCAGUCCUGGAGACAACUACAGGUCCAUUGACCACCUAAAACCCUCCAAAGCCUUAUUGAACUGAAAUGAGGGGAAUGGAAAAUGAGUGUUGCUGGUGAAUGUCUUUAACUACAAUAUGAUGACCAUAACCCUGGAUGUUGUGAAUCAGUGCAUAACCUGAAUUUCAAAUGUUUGGUUUGCUUUAAGGGAUAAACUUAACUUAGUAUUUUUUUAAUCUGUAAUGUUUUAAUAAGCAUGUGUACUGGUAUAUGUUACAAAAUGCUUGACUGUAGUCUAUAAUGCCACGUGUCAUCACCAACAACUUCAUUUAUCAAAGUAGCUGCAGACCUGUUUGCCUUGUAACAGUGUCUGGCAUUGCGUCCCGCCCACAGCCUCAGCAAGUCAGUUGCGUUUCAGACAUGCCCCAGUAACCACAUGCAUGUGCAACAUAAGCUGAGCUCUAUUUGGAUGAAACCACAAAGAACCGACCAAUCAAACUGCCAGCCACACAAAAUCCCAGGCAGCAACGAAGUCAGACGUUAGAUUGUCUGGAACGUAGAGAGAGAAUUACUCUUAACAGCUCUAGAAGGCUUGCCAACCCUGAGUAAAUUCCAUCCCCAUGUUCCAGAUACACAUGUUUUCUCCUGUUGCCAUUUAAAAGGUGGAACGAGGAAGUACAUACGAGCAGGCAUGAAAUCAAGCUCACCAGGGACUCUCUCCUCAACCAUGAACAUCCACUCCUCUCCCCCAUCUGAAGGGGCCCAGGACUGGUUCUAACUAAGGUGUUUCUGGGCAGGGAGGGAGGCUAGCUAGAGCUAUAAGGGGAGUCUGCAUGGUGGUUGUCUGCUGUGAUGUAAUCCUUAAGCUCUUCUGGAUAACAGGCCACACCCUGACUUUGCAGCUGCAAGAAUGCAAACCCACAUCUCCCCUAAACCCCACCCCCCCCCUUCAGGGUGAUGACACUACUGCACAACACCAGUGCUCUGUAGCUCAGAGAAAGAGGCCUUUUCAGAAAACUCCCAUUGCCAGACGAGUGUCUGCCAAUGAUGUCAUCCGACGAGAGAAGCCUGUUUGUUUUGUUUUCAUUCUUCUUCUCCCACCCAAACUCUAGCUACAUUGAAAGCUGCACAAAUAGAAAAACGGUCCAUCUCAAACUCCUCAGGCAUGUUGAGGUUGAGUCACGCGAUCAGUCGACACACCUCACUCCCUCAUUCUCUCAAAAGCGUCACAGCCCAUGCCUUCCCACUGCACUGUUGCUGCUCAGUCCGCACAAAGGUGGUAGCAAAGAUAUUUAUAACUAACCCAAGAUAGUUAAUCUGUGUCGUUUACAGUGGGAGCAAAUUAAGCAUAGUGGGCAGAACAACAAGGAAGUGGGCUAAGCAUGAGCUAGUGAGAUCCUAUUGGUGCGUUGUAGCAUAUAUUCCCAUUAGGGAACGCCUCCUCUGAAGUGCGCGUGUGCACAAACUCAAUUCGACCUUGCACUCCUUCUAAACAACGCAAUUUUUUGCGAAGCGUCAGGUCUAAAACUUAGUGCACUGUGUCCAUAACAGAUUCUAGUUUUGGGAACAGAAAUGUCGGCCCAGCUUUACCUAGUUCCAUCAUCUCUCACUACCCGAGACUUGACUUCCUCUCACUACCACAUUUCGUGGUGAGAACAUUCUAAACGUAUAGCCCCGUGCCGUGUCUGGGUUACCCCUUCUGUCUGUGGUGGUAGUGGUUGGAGUUGCCACUGGCAACCUGUUUCGACACAAACACAAAUAGUACAGCAGCCACAUUCAAAAGCUUAUGACCAGACUGAGUACUCAAAAGGGAUGAGGAAUAAUAAGAAUCAGUUUCUCCUAAUUGUAGCCCCCCCCCCCCAGGGGGUUUCUUUGCAGGUCAGUAUCUGUUCCUCAUUACAGUCGCAGAUGUCCCGUCCCCCGCCACCCUCUUAUUUUUCUUUUUUUGUUGUUGCAUAGCACACGUCUGCUAGAGUUGGAAAGAUGUUAGGGUUAUGCAGUUAAAUGAAGUGCUGUUGUAAGGCCUUAAUAAGCCUGCCAGCUACCUCUGAUGGCUGAAAACAGAUUUGAGUUAUUGUCUUAAGCGUUGUUUUGUCAUUUUCUUGUCGCUCUGUCUCCACUAAUGUGCAGAGCUGAUUCUUUCUACUACAUGACAGAAGAAUCAUGGCUGUUCUGUGAAUGCUCUGUGAUGAUGAUGCGCUGUCCUGAAUAGGCCUGAGGACUCUCUAGUGUCCCAAACGUGUGGUUCUCUGAUUGGCUUUUCUUCCUUCCUCCCCCUUUGUCCCCUACAGUACUCCCAGAAAGAGGACAAGUAUGAGGAGGAGAUCAAGAUCCUGACUGACAAACUCAAAGAGGUGAGAUUCCCCGGAAACACUUAUCACGAAGCUCUGAAUGGUUGACUGUCCAUACACACAGCAUUGCUGUGGUAUGUGCCUGUAUUGCUGUGGUGGGGGGUUUAAUAAACUUGUGAUACUUUCCCAUAGGCUGAAACCCGUGCUGAGUUUGCUGAGAGAUCAGUGGCCAAACUGGAAAAGACCAUUGAUGACCUGGAAGGUAGGACUCUCACUCUCCACAUUGUUGCAAUUCACAGGACUGUUAUAAGGUUUUAUAAACUGUACUCUCCCUCCUGUGCCCUCUCUCUGGCUUUCUUUCUCUCCAUCCUCCUUGAUGUACAUCUCUCCUCAUCCCUUUCUCCUCUCCCCUCUGUGCACCCACAGAUGAGCUCUAUGCACAGAAAUUGAAGUACAAAGCCAUUAGUGAGGAGUUGGACCAUGCCCUCAAUGACAUGACCUCCAUGUAAAUACUCAUUUAGAUGCCUGUGUGGUGUGGGUUGAACUGGAGUGUGCUAUUGCGUGUUAAUAACAGUAUGAUUCAGUAACAGUAUGCAGACUGUCAUAAGAGGAUGGAACAAGUUGAGUUGCUAGGGAACUAUUGUAGUGGAAUGGGCUCUGGUAGCCUUUGGAUGUUUGUGCUGGAAAAUGUAUCACACUAAACAAUGUAUUGAGGCAUAGCCUACCAUGUACACAUACUUUCAUGCAUCUACACCCAUGUAAACAUACCAUUUGUAUUCUCACUCUAGGGAUAGGCACAUUGUAGAUGGAUACAAGCAUACGGUAGCUACAAGUAAAUCUGCAGUGGUAGAAGAACAGAUCCAGAGACCUUGAGCUUUCCCCUUUUAUCUUUUCACUCACUUCUGCAAAGUUAGGAUGUGAGCUGUCACCUUGGCAACAGUACAACACAAGGCACAAACACUGAUACUUUGAUAUGUAGAUAUGGCUCACACACUAUCACAUGGGCCUACUUACACAAAGUUACCAUAUUUUUAUGGAAAUCAAUGCGUUUGACUCUAGUCUAGCUCAGGGAUUCCAUUUGAAGCUAUUGAGUUGCAGUGCGUGUGUAUGUUAUCUGCUUGGUUAGUUGGGCGAUUUUGUAUCAGUCUAAUUCAAUUACAAGUUUGAAUUUCCUAGUGUUCUACUGUAAUACACUUAAAGGCCAAUUCCGCCAUUUUUUAACAUCAUUCAUCAUCUCCAGCACCAAACCAGUGUCUACAUAUGUGAAAACAGCACGUUUCUAUGAUUUGUGGUUAAAAAGGUCCUAGAAAAAGUAUGCUUCUGACAUCACAGGGUAGGAUAAAUAAAAGCAAUUUUCAAAACCUGCAAUGAGUUUCUAGCCCAAGGGAGGGUAUUUGCUUGCUCUCCACGUCACCGUGAAUCUCAUUGUCUGAAAAAUCACUGUUUUUGAAAUGUUUAAACUUUUGAUGAUAUCAUCGGGUAGAACUUUAACAUUUUUAACAAAACGCGCCGUUUUUACAUAUGUUGACACUGGUAGUAUUGUGCUGGAGAUAAUGAAAACGAGGUUGAAAAAUGGUAGAGUUGCCCUUUAACUCCGGUCUUGCAUGGUGUGUUUUGGAGUUGCAUGGAUUGCAGGUUUGCUGUGCGUUUUACACCCCAUGAUAACAAUAACCAUGGUGUGUUAUUUGAAGUGUUAAAUUGCCAUUGCUCCAUCUCUGUAUUUCAGAUAAAUUGGACUCGUUAGAUUUCUGGAAAACCCAAUACACUCUGAAUUCGGUCUGCCUGAACUGCCACAACGGUUGCGCACUCUCUUCCUCCUCCUCUUUCCCCCUUUCCUUUCUAGAGAGAAAGAACCAUACCCUCCUCGUAGUCACCAGUGCCUGUCUCUUCCUAUCUCUCUCACUCUCUCUCUCUCCAUCUCCCUUUGUCAUUGGCACAGUUGCGGCCAGCACGCUGGCUGAGUUUCUGGGUUACUGUCUUCCUUUUUUUUUGUCCAUCUGUCUGGGCUCCUUUCCUAUCUGUACUGCACUGCUCGCCAUCUGACAAACCCAUGUUCACACACUCUGUAUUUGUGACUGUCUCUCUGUACCUAAUGAAGAGAGGGGGGAAAAGAAUGCCUUGGCUGUCUGUGCUCUCUGAGUUCACUGUCUGAGUUCACUGGUUUUUGGCUGUCCACACUGUCUGGGUUUCAUUGGUUUCACUCCACUAGGCAUUUUGGCAUGGAUUUGCAUCACCUGCGUCACCAAAGGUGGGUCAGUAUGGUCUGAUGCACCCCUCCCUCACGGAAAUUAAGGGUGAAAGCGGAUGUAUUCUGAUCAAGAAAAUGUUAUCACAAGCAUUAAUGUGGGCACAAUAAGCACUUAAAACCGGUAUGAAUGAAUGUUAGGCUAGAUUUUGCUGCAUUUGUUGAAUUUGCACCAAAGGCAUAACACCUUAAGACACAAAUAAUUGUUUUAAAUAUGUCCUGGUGAUCACUCAAAGAAGAUCCAGUCUUGCAGACCAGGUUUGUGUAAUCCUAGAUUACAGGUGUGGAACAGACCCUUACCCUUCUCUCACACUUUCACCUUUCACCCUUCUGAGUCACGUCUUAUAAGUGACCCAAAAGAGGAAAGCUCAAAACAGAUUUGCAGGUGAAGUAUUAUUAAAUUGUCAGAACUAAGUAUACAAAUGUGCAAAUAUAGCAUUUUUGCAUAUGUAAAAUAACCUAAAGAAGAUUACAAAAACAGAUGCUGGUAGCACGUUAACCUGGUCAGUGCACUAAUUAUUGAAAUUGUGCAAAUAUUGUAUUUUUGAUGUGACCUGACAUCAGGAACAUUUCUGCACGUUUAUGAUUUUUGAAAGUGUAGGUAAAUUCACUCUCACUCAUCCUUGUUACUGAAGCUGGAAAAGCCUGUAAUAAUGACUCGCUCAGUCAGUGUAGGUAUUCAAAACACAGUUAGUAUCAGUACACACAGCAUUGUCAUUGUACAGCUAAUGCAACAGUAAGUAGUUUGACAAGAUGCCUAAAAUGAAUUAUUACUAUUCAAUUACAUCAAAAUGACAUGCCUGUGGUUGCACAAAAUGAGUCGACUGAGCAAUGACUAUCAAAAUGCAAAAUAGGAACUUGGUAAUUUACAUAAAUCUACAGAAUUCAUCACACAUCCAUAACUAAAUAGACAACCCUUUAUUACUACCUUAUGUUUGCUAUCUUUCCAUAAAUGCAUUAGGGGUGGAACAGGGAUAAUAUUACCAUAGCAUACUUAUAUUAUAGCAUAAAAUCACGAUCACAAUAUUCAAUGGUGCCAUUUUGUAUAAAGGUACUGCUGAGAAUUUUGCAACAUGUUUUGAAAUGAAGACCAAUUAAUUAAUUGUUUUAAAAGUUAUAUUCUUAACAUCUGCAGUUCAAACAAUUAGUCACCCCACCACUGUUUUGGUAAAGGGAUGAGGCUGGAGAAAUGCAACCACCAUCAAAAUCAUAAGACUGAGCUAUGGACGCAAGGAGUGGCCGUCCAUGAUAUAAAAACCAUAGUUUUAACCAUGUUUUGAGGCUAUACAUUGUUUGUUUACAAUGACAUUGUUUGCAAACAAUGCAGUAAAACAAGCUUAUAUUUUGGGUUCUGAUGGGGUAGGCCAGUUCUACUAUGCUCAGGAGGCAUUCAUAAGUUAUAUUCUUCAAGAAUCAAUGGGUUUAGCCUAUAUCAGUCCCAAACAAUAUAUGUAGAAAUCGCAGAUUGACAGUUUUAAUGCUUAGUCUAACAUUGUCAUAAAGUCUUGGUAUAUCGAUAUCAUCCACUUCUCAUUCAGCCAUUCCAUAAAGAAAUCACAAGACCCACAACUGUAAAAUAAAGUUGUGUAUCAAAUUUAGCUGAAAAGGCAGGUUACCUACAAUUCAGCAGAUAUACAGUGCAUUCGGAAAGUAUUCUGAACCCUUGACUUUUUCCAUAUUUUGUUACGUUACAGCCUUAUCCUAAAAUUGAUUUAAAUAUUUUUUUCUCAUCACUCUACACACAGUACCCCAUAAUGACAAAGUGAAAACAGGUUUUUAGAAAUGUUUGCUAAUGUAUAAAAAAAAAAAACUGAUACCUUAUUUACAUAAGUAUUCAGACCCUUUGCUAUGAGACUCGAAAUUGAGCUCAGGUGCAUCCUGUUUCCAUUGAUUAUCCUUGAGAUGCUUGAUUGGAGUCCACCUGUAGUAAAUUUAAAUUGAUUGGACAUGAUUUGGAAAGGCACACACCUGUCUAUAUAAGGUCCAACCGUUGACAGUGCAUGUCAGAGCAAAAACCAAGCGAUGAGGUCGAAGGAAUUGUCCGUAGAGCGCCGAGACAGGAUUGUGUCGGCACAGAUCUGGGGAUGGAUAACAAAGCAUUUGGGCAGCAUUGAAGGUCCCCAAGAACACAGUGGCCUCCAUCAUUCUUAAAUGGAAGAAGUUUGGAACCACCAAGAUUCUUCCUAGAGCUGGCCGCCCGGCCAAACUGAGCAAUCGGGGGAGAAGGGCCUUGGUCAGGGAGGGGACCAAGAAGCCGAUAGUCACUCUGACAGAGAUCCAGAGUUCUUCUGUGGAGAUGGGAGAACCUUCCAGAAGGACAACCCAUCUCUGCAGCACUCCACCAAUUAGGCCUUUAUGGUAGAGUGGCCAGAUGGAAGCCACUCCUUACUAAAAGGCACAUGACAGCCCGCUUGGAGUUUGCUAAAAGGCACCUAAAGGACUCUCAGACCAUGAGAAACAAGAUUCUCUCUUUGGCCUGAAUGCCAAGAGUCACAUCUGGAGGAAACCUGGCACCAUCCCUACGGUGAAGCAUGUUGGUGGCAGCAUCAUGCUGUGGGGAUGUUUUUCAGCGGCAGGGACUGGGAGACUAGUCAGGAUCGAGGGGAAAGAUGAACGGAGCAGAGCGAUCCUUGAUGAAAACCUGCUCCAGAGCGCUCAGGAUCUCAGACUGGGGCAAAGGCUAACCUUCCAACAGGACAACGACCCUAAGCACAACAGCCAAGACAACGCAGUCGCGGCUUCGGGACAAGUCUCUGAAUGUCCUUGAGUGGCCCAGCCAGAGCCUGGACUCUGGAGAGACCUGAAAAUAGCUGUGCAGCAAUGCUCCCCAUCCAACCUGACAGAGCUUGAAGAUCUGCAGAGACAAAUGGGAGACUCCCUAAAUACAGGUGUGCCAAGCUUGUAGCAUCAUACCCAAGAAGACUCGAGACUAAUCACUGCCAAAGGUGCUUCAACAAAGUACUGAGUAAAGGGUCUGAAUACUUAUGUAAACGUGAUAUUUCAGUUUUUAUUUAAAAUACAUUUGCAAACAUUUCUAAAAACCUGUUUUUGCUUUGUCAUUAUGGGGUAUUGGGUAUAGAUUGAGGGGGGGGAAACAAUUUAAUCCAUUUUAGAAUAAGGUUGUAACAUCACAAAGUGGAAAAGUUCAGGUCUGAAUGCUUUCCGAAUGCAGUGUAUGUGUGUCUGUAAACGUUUAUUAUAAAAUGUAUAUUAGGCUACAUUCUUGUAGGCAAUUUAAGUAAAUCAUUAGCAAAUGAUUUAUGUUUCCAUCCAGGGGAUAACUACUGCCCCCUCUCAUUUAAGCAACAGAAGUUAAAAGAUGACCGCGGUACUCCAGGGAUUGUUAGCAGAAAACAGGAUCCCCCAUUUAUAGUAAAUGGAAAUCUUCGCGUAAAUAAUAAAUAAUGGUACCAAUAAUUGCUUCUAAUACACCAGAUGUGUUAUUUUAAAAUUGCGCACAGAACAUUUUAGUUGCUAAUGGCAGCCUGCACUACCCCGGGUGGCCUUCAACUUGAGUUACUCAAUGAGGGGGGGCAGCACUGAGCUAGCCUGCAACGUCACUUCCUGGAGUAGCUCUAACUGCGCAUGUUAUGUCUCAAUGAGACGCCAUCUUAACUGACUUCAUUAGAUGUACUUUUGAGUCUUCACAUAGGAAUGAAUGGUGUCACGUGAUUGAUGGCUUUGUCCAUUUAAUAUAUACAGUCAUUGUUUCCAUCUAAUGCACCAUGACUGUGUGCUACUGAUAGUUAGAAAUAUAAUUAGGUUGGCUACAAAAAUUUAAGCAGAAGCUGGCUGAGUGAAUACAUUUCUAGCAUGCUUUUACAAAUAUUUUUCUUGUUCAAGCCAGCUAAGAUUUCAUGGAGGGUCUCUUACCAGUUUAAUAAAAUAAGUUUUGGCAACAUUGGCUAGUAAAUUACCGAUCUAAAGUUGUGAUGAAUACCAAAUAAAGCUUAAUGUUGAGAAACUUAGAGAUGAUAGCUAUACUAGCAUAUCAACCAAUAUGCUGUUAAUUAAAUAGUCAUACAAAUGUAACACUUGCUGUCCCAUGCAGGCAGGACAAAACAAAACAUGUUCAUAGUGAGAAAAAGAAAAAACCCACUACUGUUGUACUUUCUUACACUAGCACAUGGACUUGUCUUUUCUGACUAGCACUGAUUUUGCUGAUCGCUGCUUUGUGGUUGUCGUACUUAGCUACCUUAAGUUGACAGGCUUGACUACUGUAUGAGCAAGAAAGCCAUUGAAAGCCAUUGAUUUAACUGCAAAACAUACAGAAUGCUGCAGCACGGGUACUGACCAAGACCAGACGGAGAGCACACAUUACACCGGUUUUAAGGUCUUUGCACUGGCUGCCUGUGUUUUUUAGAAUACAUUUUAAGAAUCUUCUAUUGGUUUUUAAGUCAAUCCACGAUUGUGCACCCCAAUACAUGUCAGACAUGCUUUUAAGUUAUGUACCCAGUAGGUCCCUCAGGUCCUCUGGCACUGGCCUUUUUUUAACUAUCCCAAAGCCUAGGACCAAGAGGCAUGGAGAGACAGCUUUUAGUUAUUAUGCCCACAGCCUCUGGAAUAACCUGCCAGAGAACCUGAGGGGGGGCUGAAACUGUGGACAUAUUUAAACAUAUUUUUAGCUUUGCUUUUCCUUAGGGUGCUUUUUAGUUGCUCUGGAUAAGGAUGUCUGCUAAAGGCCUAAAUUGUAAAUGUAGCUGCUAGAAAAGUGUAGCUGACAGGUCAGACUUAUUUUUAUUAAAUGUUUUAAUGUUAGUAUGAGUAGAUCACGCCAUGUUCUCGCUCUGUCAGAGAUAAAUAAGGCAAUACAGUAGCUCGGGCUGUGUUAGUUUCAAGGUGAUUUAUACUGUAGUUAAAUAGGGAAUUAUUCUCUAGUGAUACCAAACCUCCACAAUGUAUAGCAUACAACAUGGCUCUCUUUACUCUAUGGAGACCUUGUGAGUUAUGAGGAUCUGUCAUAGAAUUCACCUUAAUAGUCACCCCGGGUUUUGUUCUACAGAUUAAGUCUUACAUAUUUGGUUCUGUCACUCUAUAGAGAAGUUGUAUUCAAAUGUUAUGGUUUGGUGUAAGUUCCCCUUUUGAGGUACUGCUAAAAUAUCUGUUGACCCAUGGUAUUAUGGGGGAUCUCCAACUUCAAUAUCUGACCAGUUGCUAUACCAUGUUGUGGCUUGUGGAGUUGCAGAAAUGCAGUUUCUGAGUUACAGAAAUAGAGAGUAAAUGAGGGCUACAAGGUAUAUUGUUUUCAAAGUAGUCAUGUACUGAUUUUAUGCUAUCAGGAGGUUUUGUCAUGUGGAUUGAGAUGGUUUAGCCCUUGAUGUUGCGCCAUUGCUCCACUAUAGUGUAGUAGACAUCUUGACAAAACUCAAACACCACUUUAACAUCUCAAUGUCUUGCCUCUUACGUCCUCAUCUCACCACCAGGAGGAUCCUUAUCUUACAUUCAUUCAUUCUCUUUGUGUGUGAUUUACAGAUGCGCUAGCCAACGCCAAGGAGGAGAAUGUCAACAUCCAUGCCACCCUGGACAAGACCCUGGAGGACCUCAACAGCUUCUGAGUGGCUACUGGAGCUGCGGCCUGGCCCUCCUCUUCACCACCACCUCUUAUCGCUCCACCCCCUCACCUCUGGUCCUGUCUCUCUGUCUGUGCUGGCUGACUGUUUAGCAAGGGGGGUGGGGGGGCUGUUCAUUGUUUUUGGUGAAGGUAGCACUUUCUUCAGUCCACACCUAGCCAAACGUGUUUCCCCAGUAGACCAAAAUGGCUGACCGCCUCUCCCACAUUCCACCCCAGUAUCUGCGGAUGCUCUCCUGAUGAGCAUCCCCUUUUUUUGUAGCCUCUCUUCAUAGCAAUCUUUUAGUCUCAAAACGGCAACAUUUACUGAAGCACCCACGUCUUAAGUGUUAAUCACAGGUUUCUAAUUUGACACAUUCCAGCUUAGGCGUGUGAUUUACGUGUUUUGAGGCGACUCCUAUUAUCUUUGGCUGCUAGCUGUUUAGCUGUAAGCGUUUAAAUACUUUGAGUCUUUUCUCUCCUGUUCUGAUAACAACCCUUGUUACGGGGAUAUUUGGUGUCCACUGGGACACAUAGGAAGGUGGCGAGGGUAACAACUCUUACAACUUAUGACUCCCUUUGGAAUGGGACCACCAUUUUGAUCAUUAACUCUCUCCUGUUAUCCCCCAUCUGAACCACUUGCCCUACCAACAUAUCGCCUCAAACCACUCACCCUCUGCUGGAAUAUCCCUACACAAGCACUGCUUUUCUACUGUGCCAAUGCCCAGAGGGUCCACAACUGUGCUACCUUUUGUCAAGUAUUUUGUGUUCAUUUACAAGUAUGGGCUGGGGGUGACAUGUUUAUUUCUUAUAAGGGAGAAGUGUUUUGUUUAGUUGCAUGGCAUUUGUAUUUUGUUUUAUAUGGAGCCAUUUUCCAAAAAGGGCCAUUAUCACAAGUUACUGUAAACUGAACGGUUUGUUUUGCAGUUAUCUUCCCACUUAAAGAUCAGGAAAUUGAAUUGUGAAUGAGUCUUAGUUCAUUGAAGGGAUAUGUGUCGUAUAGCUUCAGACAGAAUUGGACGCAGAUAUUCUAGCCAAUUGCAGCCUUAGUCCUCUAAGCUAAUUGUUAAUUUUCCCGAUAAGAUGUAGGGGAGGGGAGUGAUCAGCCAAUCACUACGCAUUCCACUGCCAAAAUGGAAGCAUAGGGGCCAAUGAGGAGGGAUAGGGAGAAGGGACACAAGGGUAUUAAACCUCUUAUCAAUAUAGAUUAUUAAACUAUUUUUUUCUGCAAAUGAAGUGAACUGCAAACCUUAUAAAAUUAAUAAAGAAAUAAAAAGUAAAGUAUUGCAUCAAGUUUAACUGGAACUUUUCACUCGACGCUAAGGGUGUAAACAUUGUGUUACCAGUAAUGUUUUCAUUGUAAUAAUCAUGACACAAAAAUGGACACAAUUUAAAAAAUAAAGGACCAUGAUUCGUAUUGACAUUACAAAAUAUUUUUUUAAAUGUUGUUCAGUUUGUCACACAACACUUAAAUAUAGGUGCUGCUCUUGAGGUAAACUCCAAACUCGUAAUUUUUUUAUUGAGAGGAGUGCUAUGGAGCUGCUUGUUUAAAAUGUGAACAUUGAUUCCCUCAUGUCUACUUUAAAAUGUUUUAUGAACUAACAUUUACCCUGCUAUUAGAUCAUUGAUCAUGUCUGUGUCUAGUACGUUUCAUUCUGUUGAAUGGGUGUGUAAUGCAGUAUUUUGCUAAUUUGACCAUGGGUCAACGUAUGUGCACUUUCCUGGUUUCCAGUUAAUCUUCUAGCCAUUUAGAACUAAAACUCUACUUGCUAGUAACCCAGUUAAUAACUAUGUUACAAUCUAAGACUCUAAAAACGAAAUGACACAUGGCACAAUAUAAGACUGACAUGACACUUACACAAGUACAGAUUAAGUCAACAUCUGCACAUUGGGUCUUGGUGAAAUUUGCCUCCUGUGUUGUGAGGACAUCACUAAGUACAGGUAACUGCCAAAAUAAAG